CUGUUUUGAUUGGUGCUGUACGACCACUACAUCUAACAGGAUCGUUCUUUCUUCAUUCAUCCUUUGUCGACAUCAUCUUUACAACUUCCUAUCGUCGGAAAAACUCCAGAUUUAUCGAGCCUGACGCAGUAACGGUAUCUUCCUUUCUCGAAUAACUUCGCCUCUAGCAAGGACAACGCGGGCAUCAUGUUUGCGGUCGUCAUGGACCGCUUCAUCGAGGAAAAUGGCGUCGAUGAUGAAGUCUGGAUGCUCGUCUUUGUAGAUUGUCUGGACAACUAUUACGACGAGCCAUCGAUGGUUCCUACAGAUGCCGACAGUGACCCAGACUCCCCGUUUCUCAACAAAUCGCCCGAGGAAUGCUUCAAAUUAUUACAUCAGCUACGGAAAGACACCGAGUCAGAGAUUUCUACAGACCUCUUCGCGAUCGUGGACGAGAGAUCCGCGCAGGACGAUACUGUUCUUCUCGUCGUUGCUGGAAGCAACGACGCAAUCAGUGAGACCGAGGGUUGGGAGAUGAAGACUCUACGCGUGACCUUCCAGGCUUCAGGACAAGCAAUGGUUCUGUACAUGACCGGACACAGUAGCAUGGACGAAGAUCGCGAAUUGGCUGAGCGCGAGGAGGACGGUGUCUAUCGAGGGUUGUGGUCUACACACAGGUGAAGAUAUUAAAUCAAUUGCUCCUUUGGCGAUUAAUCACCGGCUUUACAAUACAUCGUUCGCUUGCAUACACCGACUAGACGCUAUCGGUGGUCCCCGCGAGCAGCUUUCCCUCCACACACCAGCCACACUACU